AUGGCCUUGAGGCUGCUGAGAUUUGUCCCCGUGUCCGCGGCUUCCCGGGGCCUCGCGGCAGUCGCCCCGCGCGUGGGAGGAAUUCAUACAAGUGUCCAGUGCAAGCUGCAGUAUGGCCCAUUGGCGUUCAUACUUGGUGAAAGAACAACCAAAAAGAUGACAGCAAACAGCAAACUGAUAACUGUGGAUGGCAAUAUAUGUUCUGGAAAAAGCAAACUUGCGAAAGAAGUAGCCGAGAAACUAGGCCUGAAGCACUUUCCCGAGGCGGGGAUCCACUACGCAGACAGCACCACAGGGGACGGGAAGCCCCUGCCUGUGCAGUUCAGUGGCAACUGCAGUUUGGAGAAGUUUUACGACGACCCGAAAAGCAACGAUGGCCACAGCUACCGCCUGCAGGCCUGGCUGUACGCCAGCCGUCUGCUGCAGUACGCGGACGCCCUGGAGCACCUGCUGAGCACAGGACAGGGUGUGGUGUUGGAGCGCUCCAUCUACAGUGAUUUUGUCUUCCUGGAGGCAAUGUACCGCCAGGGCUUCAUCCGGAAGCAGUGUGUGGACCACUACAACCAGGUGAAGAAGGUCACCAUCUGUGAGUACCUGCCCCCCCACGUGGUCGUCUACGUGGACGUGCCGGUCCCCGAGCUCCAGAGCCGGAUCCAGAAGAAGGGAAACCCACAUGAGAUGAAGAUCACCUCCGCCUACCUUCAAGACAUCGAGAAUGCCUAUAAGGGAGCCUUUCUGCCCGAGAUGAGUGAGAAGUGUGAGGUUUUACAGUACAGCGCGUGGGAAGCUCAAGAUGCAGAAAAGGUGGUCGAGGAUAUUGAGUACCUGAGGUACGACAAAGGCCCGUGGCUGGAUCAGAACGACCGCAAAUUGCACAAGCUGAGGAUGCUGGUUCAGGAUAAGUUGGAGGUGCUGAAUUACACGUCCGUCCCUGUCUUCCUCCCAGAGGUGACCGUCGGCGCCCACCAGAGUGACCGGGUCUUCCAAGAGUUCACAGAGCUGCCGGGCCGCAAGUACCGCGCUGGGUACAAUGAGGACGUCGGGGACAAGUGGGUCUGGCUGAAGUGA